CUGAAGUGAUAUACGCAAUCACUUACGGCCUUGGGCUUGAGCUUUUUGGUAUAAAAGACUGACCAAGUUCGUUUUCAUUCAUCAGUUCCUUUGCAGAACGAACCAAUACACACCUACAAUCAACAUGAACAAGUUCAUUCUUAUGGCCACAUUGUUUGCUGUGGCUAUGGCUGCCGAUGUUCCAGCAUAUUCUAAGCCAUCUUAUCCAGCUCCGGCUGCUUACCCAGCACAGGCAGCUUACCCAGCUCCGGCUGCUUAUCCUGCUCCGGCUGCUUAUCCUGCUCCGGCUGCUUAUCCUGCUCCGGCUGCUUAUCCUGCUCCGGCUGCUUAUCCGGCUCCAGCUCCAGCUGCUUACCCGGCUGCAACUCCAGCUUACUCUGCUCCAGCUCCAGCUUACUCAGAGCCAGCCCCGGCUUACCCCAAAGCAGCUUACGAAGAGCCAUCAUACAGCAAGCCUGCUGUAGAAGAUUAUCCACAGAUGCCAUUCAGCUUCGCCUACGAAGUUAAGGACGAUCCCACUUACCAGGACUUUUCACACAAAGAGAGCAGCGAUGGCAAAGUCGUCACUGGAUCUUACCGCGUCGUUCUUCCCGAUGGUCGCACCCAAAUUGUCACCUACAAGGCCGAUGAGAACGGAUACGUCGCCGAUGUAAAAUACGAAGGUGAAGCCAAAUACGAGGAAUACAAACCCGCCUACAAACCCGCUUACACCACUGAGUCUGCCUACUCAACUGAGGCUACCUACGUUACUGAAGCAGCUUAUGCCAAACCUGCUUAUUCUGAGCCCAGCUACUCCAAACCAGCCUACUCCGAGCCAGCUUACUCUAAACCUGUCUACACUGAGCCAGCUUAUUCUAAGCCUACCUACACUGAGCCGACUUAUUCCAAACCAGCCUACACCGAGCCAACCAACUCUAAACCAGCUUACACUGAACCAGCUUACUCCAAGCCAGCCUACACCGAGCCCGCUUACUCUAAGGCAGCCUACACUGAACCAGCUUACUCUAAACCAGCUUACACCGAGCCUGCUUACGCCAAGCCAGCCUACACCGAGCCCGCUUACGCUGAACCCGCUUACGCCAAGCCUGUUUCCGCUGAGCCUACUUACGCCAAACCCGCCUACCCUGAAUCAACCUACUCCAGCAAACCCGCGUAUUAAUUAAGGAUGCAUGACUUCAGUAUUGUUUGCCGAUUGAACGAAGGAACUGCGGAAGCAACGGAUUUCUAACAACUGCGUGUUGUUAGAGCAGAGCCACUUCUUUGUUUAUAAUCAUUUCGCGAGAGGGGUUUGUAAUAUAUUAGACGUAACUAUUUUCAAUGAAAUACAAAACUCUUCGAAUGUA